UUGAUAUUUCUUCUAAAUAUUUUUCAACACCAAUACUUGAAAUGUCCUAUAACAAAGAAAUGUGACAAUCAAAUUGUUUUUAACGACGAAAGUAAAUGUAUAAUUAAUAUUAAUCAGUUGAACCUCGAUUUCAAUAGGUAAAAAUUAGAACGCAAUAUAUGUUAGUUACAUACAUCUUAUACUACGUAUGUACAUAUGUAUACUAGUCUAGUGAUUAUUGUACAUAUACAUGCAAUACGCAAUAUCGUAAAUCCAUUUUAAUAAUAUACAUAUUUGUAAUCUAGCAUACCAGCAGUCGAUAACUUUUUUUAUGACAAACAUAUCGUUGAUUAAACGUACAUAAUAGUAAUUGCAUUUGAAACGAGUUACAAAAUUAAAAAUAAAAUGGAUAAGAUCGUUCUUCAGAUAUUGACGAAUUUGUUUGUACAUUUACAGUCACGUGAUCAAGUAGAAACGAUGGCUAUAGGAAGUCAACUAUUGAAAGGUCAGGCUCAGGGCUAUUGUAGAACUUAUAUUUAUGAGAAACUGUGUUAAUUAUUUUAUAAAAGACGAAAAAAGGUGUUUUCAAAUAUCGAGUGUAAACUCGACAUUAGAUUAAGAAAAAAAGUCCCAUAGCAUAUAAAAGCAUUGAAGUGUUGAUCUUGGAAGGGGAAGCGGGGACAAGAAAAGAGUUUGGUUUAUUGGUGAUUGCCUAUAGUGCCUGGUGGACUCGCUCGCUCUUGCGGAUGCGCGGGUCGAAGCUUGCGCGACAUAGUAUGUAUAGAUGUAUGUAUGUUUGUAUGUAUAUAUGUAUGUAUGUAUGUAUGUAUGUAUGUAUGUAUAUAUGCGAAUAUAUAUGUGUAUAUGUACAUUGUAUAUACAUAUUGUAGCACAGUCCACCAAUCGAAUUCAGCGAGGGGCUGGGAGCUGAGCUGAGAUCUGAGAGCGAAACGAGCAAAGGUGUAUUAGUAGUGCCGUGCUGACGGUGUCUGGUGCUGGUGCUGGUCUCUUUCUGUGAGCUCAGGCAGAAUUCUCUCUGCCAGUCCAACGUCACAAUUUCUCCAGUCAGCUCUCGCUUACAGCCUUGUACUGUACAACUUGACACCAACGGCGGACCUUUUGUUGCCAGCUCGUUGCUGUGCCUGCUGCAGUACAACAAUAAGUAACUACUGUUUAAGUGCCGAUCGACAAUCUCCUUUCAAUCUCGAUGCUCGCUUGCGCGCAUGCGAGUUUGUAGACUCAAAAACUGUGAUUGCCUCUUCGUAACAACACGACGUGAUAUGAAGAAGCUCAUUUAGUUCACCCCCAGAGAGAGACAGAAGAAUUAUACGCGUUCUCGCGCGUAGCGCACACCGGACUUCCUAUUUUUUCCGCGUGGACAAGCCAGGAGCGCGCAAAGAACAACACGAGACUCUGCUCUUUCCAAGAAUCUAAGACUUGAGGCUCUAUAAAAAAGCUAGUAAGAGAAACUGCACUGUGUGCAAGUGUGCGUGUUCCUCGCGUGUGCAAUGUGCAGGCAUUUCAACAACGCGCAAUCAUUUUACUGCUAUAACGACGACCAGUGCCGCCGCCUCCUCGCAAGUUCUAUCGCUGAAAGUUAUCAAAUUUACCUCCUGCCGCUUUUGUUCGUCGUCGUCGUCGAUGUGGAGAACAAACAUGGCAGGUGGUAAUUUAUGGGGCGUCAUAUGCACUACAUAAUCGUCAGCGAGUGCCGAUAGUGACUUUGUAAGGCAGAAUUUCAAAAAGGAGAGAAAAAAAACAGUAAAACGACUGAAAAACUCUUUUGUUUCUGUUCCGAGAGCUGAAUCGCAUCGAGUUGUGAGCGGCGACGUUCAUUUGUUACUUUUCGUCGUCGUGGUCAUUCGCUGCGUCUUUAUAAUCGCCAUAACGAUAUUGCUAGUCUAUUUUCCUAAACCGGCUACCUUCUGCACUCAUUAUUUUUUGUUAUUUUCGUUAAUAUAGACGAGUUCUCGUUCUCUUUUUCUCGUCUACAUAACACGCUUACGCGCGCGCGUGCGCGCACUUAUCUACGCAAAAAGUACAUAGAUACUUCGCACGCACACGUCACGUAUAUCUAUAUACAUAUACAUAUACAUAUACAUAUAACUAAGUACACCAUCGUACGCUGCGCAAGACUAUUCUAAUUGCUGUGUGACUUUCAACCUUUUUACCACAAAUUUUCAGUACUUGAAUAGCCAAGUAUUACUAUGAAGUAUUCAACAACCCUCAUUGGUCACAAAUAGAAAUUAUUUGACUCUGAACGUUUCAAUCUCAGUCAUUAAAGGUCCUACAGAUAUUCAGCAUUCAGGUAUUGCUUGUACAACUUUAGAUAUUUGACAACUUUGCAAGUGAAAAUGGCUUCAACAACUCUAGCAGUCCCCAACGGGACUAAUUCGGUUUCAUCUGUUACUUCAAAUAGUGAAUCAGUUAAGAGUGAUGAAAUUGAUGGAUCUGAAAGCUUUGGAGAAAAAAGUGCAAGUUUUAGUUCUAGAAAUCAAGUUGAUUCUUUAGAGGAGAUGAAUUACAGUGGUGAUUCUUCAGAUCAGAAUCAUUGUGGUAUUUGCUCAAAUAAAUUGAACUCACCUCGUGUUCUCUUUUGCCUCCAUGUUUUCUGUGAAGCAUGUCUUGAUAAGCUUUCUAGCAAAGAUGGAGAUUUCAAGGCAGAUACCACUAUUACCUGUCCAAUGUGUCAACAAGAGACUCAAAUCAGUGCAAAAGGAGCUGCUUCCUUACCUUGUGAUUAUGUACUCACCAAUAUUUUGGAUAUGUCUGCAAUCAAAAACACCUCUGUAUUAUGUACAUCUUGUAAAGCAAUGGAAAAUGCUGUUGCUCGUUGCUCUGACUGUGCCAAUUUCUUAUGUCCUAACUGUAACACAGCUCAUCAGUUUAUGCGAUGUUUUGAAAACCACAAGGUUGUUGCUUUUGAUGACCUCAAAAAAUCUGAUGAAACUAUACCCAUACACAAGCCAAUCUUUUGUGAAGUUCAUCCCACAGAGAAUAUUAAGUUCUAUUGCCAUACAUGUCAGGUACCAACUUGCAACGAGUGUUUACUUGUAGAGCACAAAGCACCAGAGCAUCAAUAUGAAAGAAUAAAAGAAGCAGAACCACGCCAAAAAGAAGAAUUAAUUAAUUUGGUAAAUGAAAGUAAAGUUAGAAUAGGGGAUUGUGAUCAAAUUUCUUCACAACUUGGGAAUGCGCUUAGUGAGCUUCAAGCUCAACGUGACCAAGCCAAAGAUUUAAUUUUAGAAACUUUUCAAAGUUAUAAAGCUAUUCUUGAAAAAUUUCGUGAUAACGCUCUUGACAGUUUAGAAAAAGUCCACUCUGAGAGAGAACUGGAAAUCAUGGAUUCCUUUCACAGUGUGGAAAAAACUGUUGAAAAAAUUGAAUGUGCAUGUCAAUUCACAAAUCGUCUUCUUGAGCAUGGCGAUGCUAUAGAAAUAUCAUCUCUUCGUCGAGUAGUAAUCAAUCAAUUAACAGAGUUGUUAAAAAAUAUGCCAAAGCCCAACAUAACUUGUGCGAUAGAGUUUCAAACAGACUACAAUACCUUUGAAAGAGCUAUAAAGGAAACUUUUGGUAAAGUGUGUGCUGAGAAUGUCUCAACAGUUAAAUCUUCAAAUGAUGUAGCAAACAAUUGUUCACAAAGACUUCCUUCUCAGCAGAACAGUCAUACAUCUGCUGGUUGUCCUAGUUCAAUGAGUGCAAGUUCUCCCAUUUCACUUCCAGCAUCAAUGCAGUCUUCAUUUGAAGGUGAAACCUCUUUUGUCAUCCCUCCAGCAUCCAGUCCUAACAUUCCUGUUCCUCCACCUAUUCCCGUUUCCAUACCUCCAGGUUCUAUGCAUGGUCUUACAAGUAUUCAAGAGUAUAACCUUCAGCAACUGGCUAGUCUCGCUGAAAAAGUUGAAAUCACAAACGAUACAGGAGUUGUAGGUCCAAGUUCAAAUCCAAGCCCGACUCCGUCCUUCACGUUGGCUGAUCUUUUUACUGGUGAUCUCAGCUCAAAUAGUCAUGCUAUUAACAAUCUUCAAGCUCUUGCCAAACUUGGAAAUACAUUAGGCCCUCAAGAUUUGAAUCCUCCAACAAUAAAUGGCAGCAAUCUUGUCUUAGGUCGUGGAUCUUCACCAGUUAUAGUCGAUACGCCAAAUCUAGCGACCCUAGCUAGUAGUACACUUUUAAAUAACGGUUUUCACUCUCUUUCUUCCUCUACUUCUCCUAUAAUGUCACAAAGACCUGAUGACAUCAGUGGAGAUUCUUUGCAUAAUGUGCCUGUAGUCAUGGGCAGCACUGGAAAUUUAGCUAAUUCAAGUAAUUUUAGUAAUCAUUCACGAUCAAGUAACCCUAAACUGACGGCAAUGCAAAUUCGCUGCAAAUUUGGUCAACUAGGACCCAGUAAAGGUCAAUUCAACUCUCCCCAUGGCUUUUGCUUGGGUACAGAUGAAGACAUCAUAGUGGCUGAUACAAACAAUCAUCGUAUCCAGGUUUUUGAAAAAAUUGGAAUUUUUAAAUUUCAAUUUGGAAUUCCUGGUAAAGAGGAAGGGCAACUGUGGUAUCCACGGAAAGUUGCUGUUAUGCGAAACAGCGGAAAAUUUGUUGUAUGUGACAGGGGUAACGAGCGAUCAAGAAUGCAAAUUUUUACAAAAAAUGGACAUUUCAUUAAAAAAAUUGCUAUUCGCUACAUUGACAUUGUAGCUGGUUUAGCUGUUACUGGUCAUGGACAUAUUGUUGCUGUUGAUAGUGUAUCUCCAACAGUAUUCGUUAUUAGUGAUACAGGAGACCUUCUAAGAUGGUUUGAUUGCAGUGAUUAUAUGAGAGAACCUAGUGACAUUGCUAUUAGUGGAAAGGAAUACUUUGUAUGCGACUUCAAAGGCCACUGUGUGGUUGUAUUCAAUGAAGAUGGUCAAUUCUUGCGUCGCAUUGGCUGUGAAAAUGUAACUAAUUUCCCUAAUGGGAUUGAUAUUAGCGAUGCGGGAGAUGUCCUUAUUGGAGAUUCACACGGCAAUCGAUUCCAUGUUGCAGUUUUUUCUAGAGAUGGCUCUUUGAUUUCAGAAUUUGAAUGUCCAUAUGUUAAGGUGUCGCGUUGUUGCGGACUUAAAAUCACUUCAGAAGGAUAUAUUGUGACGCUUGCAAAAAAUAAUCAUCACGUUCUUGUGCUGAAUACACUGUAUAUAGUUUGAGGUGAGAACAAAUGUAGCUCUAUCUCUACUAUUCCACAAAAUGAAGAACCUUAUCUAGAGUACGUUAUUUUCAACAAACGGAAAUGCCAGAAUAAUUUCGUAAUUAACAUUCAGGCCUAUUGGAGCAAUAGUAAGAAUCAAUUUAGCAUUCAACUUAUUAGAUUAGACAUGUACUUUGAAUAUUUUUGAUUUAUGAGAAUAACACGUGGAAAACCAGUACAGUGAAUGAAUGGAUAUCUGACCAUUUAUGCUAGUUUAAGAAAAAAAAAAAAAAAAAAAAAAAAGGGCGCAGCUUUCAUUUGGCUUACUGCCAUUUUAUCAACUUUUUAGAAAAAUAAUUUUGGAUAAAAAUACUGUUUACGCUGUGGAGCUGCUCAUCUUAUUCUGCAAGAAAUGUUGAGCUCAAGCUCUUUGGGCAGUUUUUUAUGCAUUACAUUCAACGCGUCAGUAUUUUAAGAGUGUUCGUAAAUCAAAUUUUAUCUAGUCUUGGACCAGCAGCUUUGCUUUCACAUUGACUCUUUAUCUCGAGUAAGGUUUGUUAAUGCUGCCAUUGUAAUAUCCAAAGUAUAUUUAUAAAGAAAUUAAGGAUAGAAUAUAAAACUAUGAAUAGUGACAAAAAAAACUAAAAAAAAAACCAUUGUUAUAACAAAUGUUUUAACUAAUGAAUAUGAAUGAGUAUGUUCCUUUUUUUCUCUUGGCGUGUUUUACUCUACAUUUAUAUUUCCAUAAUAGAUAAGGUAAUGUAAAGUUAUUAGACAAAAAACAACUUUAUAACUUGUUAUAAAUCAAACAUUUAUUUACAAAGAGAUAAAUAUGAAAAAAUCAAUAGUACGUAUGAGUGUAAAAAUAUUUAUUUAAGAAACAUGACUUAACUGAUUUCCAUUCAUGUGUAUCGUUUUAUUUUGCGAGACACAUAAUGGUUGCGAUAUUUACUCAGAAUGCUUUAUUAUAGUUUAUCACUUAAUAAAAUAUACGUGAAUUUACGGAUGUAUAUACACGUAAAAUAUGUAUACAUAUACUAGAAAUAUUUAAAAAAGUUGAAUCUUGAACUCAUAGUGUAUGUAUACAUAU